AUGGCAGAAAUCUGGAACAAAUCAGAAACAUGUAAACAAGGUGAUCAUCAAGACUAUUGGAGGAGUUUUAGCUACAUGCUAAGGGAACAAGCAAAAGUCCACAGAGAAGGAGGGUAUGUACCCAUUGCCGGAGAAGUUCCAAGUACUAUCUUCGAAGAAGGAAUGACACCUCAGACAGGUCCAUCCUCUUUGAGAGCUGAUCCUCAACCUAUCACAAACCACACUUUCGAUCCAGGAGACAUUCCCUAUCAUAACAAUUCAGGAUCUGAACACAUGGUGGAAGAUCAACCAAGUUCUAAAGUAGAAAAUGUUAUUAAAAGAAUGGGUUUUGACGCUUGGACCAUCAGUGAGGCGGAAGGAUUCUCUGGAGGUAUUUGGUGCCUCUGGAAUAAAGAUGUCUGGGAUGUCCAAGUGAUAUGCAUUCACAAGCAACUAAUCCAUUGCAAGGUUUCUUGGAAUAAAGAAGAGCCCUGGUUCCUCACGGCUAUAUACGGUAGCCCUAAUCCAACUAUCAGAAGGGAUCUGUGGUAUAUGUUAGAGGAAAUUGCUAACCUUACAAUUGGGCCUUGGUGUAUCGGCGGCAAUUUUAAUGCUAUUAAAUCUGCCCAAGACUCUGGGGGGAGCUCCAACCUUUCCUCAGAUACCAACAAAUUUAUUGAUUGCAUGUGUAACUGUGGCAUGAUGGAGGUUGAGUUUUCUGGUCCUCUCUUUACAUGGCAGCGGGGUCACAUCAAGAGAAGGCUAGAUAGAGUUCUAAGCAACUUUGAGUGGACUCAACUUUUUCAGGCAGCAGGAGUUAAACAUCUACCAAAGUUGAAAUCGAACCAUCUACCUAUUUUGAUAGAUUUCCAACACACUAUCCAGGAUAACUCUAACAAACCUUUCCGUCUUCUUGCCCCUUGGUUACUUCAUGAUGAUUACUCUAAUCUUGUUAAUGAUGCAUGGAAUCCGAAUGACUCGUUGAUUGAUAAUAUUAACUCCUUUACUAAUAGAGCUAAAGCUUGGAAUAGAGAGACUUUUGGAAAUAUUUUCAGGAAAAAAAGUGGCAUUAUUGCCCGUUUAGAAGGCAUCAAUAAAAGUCCCUCAUUUCAAAGUAACCCCUUUCUUGAAAAACUUCAGAAAGAACUCUGGAGUGAAUAUGAGAAUAUUGUUGUUCAAGAGGAGAGUUACUGGUUUCAAAUGUCCAGAUGCAACAUUAUCAAAUUUGGGGACAAAAAUUAUACUUACUUCCAUCUUAAAGCUAAUGGCAGGAGAAGGAAGAAUAGAAUUAAAUCUCUAAAAAUUGAUAAUGAAAAUUGGUCUGAUAAUCCGAAUGUUCUUAAAGCUCUAGAAGUGGAUUUUUUUAAAAAUCUUUUUUCAGCUGACACUAACUCUAACCUUUUAUCGUCGUUUCCUAUCUCAGGUAACUUUCCAGCCCUAUCUGAGGAAGAGAGGCAGCUUAUUGCUAAAGAACCUAUUGAUGAAGAAAUUAAAGCUGCUGUUUUUAAUAUGGGUGGCUGGAAAGCUCCAGGAGCAGAUGGUCUACCCCCAAAGUUUUUUCAGCACUCUUGGGAUAAAGUUGGAGCUACUGUUUGUAGCUGGGUUAAAGAGGUCUUCACUAACCCAUCCAGCAUAAGCAGUGUCAACCAAACUCUUAUUUCUCUAAUUCCCAAAAUUGAUACCCCUGAGACUUUUGCUCAUUUUCGGCCCAUAAGUUUGUGCAACGUCUGCUAUAAAAUAGUAACCAAAAUGCUGGCUUCCAGAUUAAAGCCUUUUAUGACAAAACUCCUCUCGAAUACUCAAUCCAAUUUUAUUCCUAGAAGAACUUGUGCUGACAAUAUCAUCAUCACUCAGGAAGUGGUUCACUCUAUGAGAAUCAAAAAAGAUGACUUGAUCAUUUUUGCCAAAGCGGACAAUAGCCAAAUUAGUGUUAUCAAGGAGGCUCUGGAAAUUUUUUGCAGCAGCUCAGGCCAAAGCAUCAACUAUGAUAAAUCUUGUGUUUUCUUCUCCAGCAACAUUCAUCACUCUGUGAAAGUUGAUUUGAGCAACAACCUAGGUAUCUCCCUAACAUCCAAUUUAGGUAAAUACCUAGGUGUUCCUCUCAUUCAUGAGCACCGAAUUCAGCACCAUUUCCAAUUCAUUUUGGACAAAAUGCAAAAAAGACUAAACAGCUGGAAUAACAAGUCUCUAUCUCUAGCAGGCAGGUGCACUUUGGCACACUCAACUCUUGCAUCCAUCCCUAGCUAUGCAAUGCAAACCAUGAAGAUCCCAGUGGCUGUUUGUGAAAAAAUUGAUAAAAUUUGUCGCAAUUUUAUUUGGGGGUCGGAUGUUAAUAGGAGAAAGGUUCAUCCCAUCAGCUGGGACAAUAUAUGCAAACCUAAGAGUGAAGGGGGGCUGGGCUUUAGGACGGCAAAAGAAAACAACAAGCUUUUCCUUAUGAAGCUAGCGUGGAUGCUUAUUAACAACAAAGAAUCUCUUUGGGUGAAAGUUCUUCGCAGUAAGUAUGGCUGUGGGGAAGCUCUGUUGCCUAAAGUAAAACAGAAGAAUAGUAGCUCUAAUACGUGGCAAGGUAUCGUUAAAAUAUGGAAUGACUUCAGACCUCACCUUAUUUGGAGGAUAGGAGACGGUAAAGAGGUGGCUUUCUGGUCAGAUCAAUGGAUAGCAGGAAUUCCUAAACUCAGUGAUUUAGCUCUAGAAGAUAUCCAUUCCGUCAUUAAAGACAAGGUGGUUGAUUAUGAAAACUCAGACGGUACCUGGAAGCUUAACAUUCUGAACCAAAUUCUACCUAGUGAAGCUAUUGAUAUGAUAAGAUCAAUUCAGGCACCCUAA